AUGCAGGGCGACAUAGAGACAGCUGCGCAGGUGUUGGAUCAGAUGAACAGUUCCGGUGUUGAAAUCAAUGUCGGCCACAUCACUUCGGCCAUGCGCGCUUGCUGGGAAGCCUCCGGAAGCACGCAUCAUGCGGCAGACUUUCUUUUCGGGCUGCUGCUGGAUCUCGAGCUGCAGCCCGAUAUUGCCGUGUUCACGUGCCUGGUUGGAGCCUACAAAACAGCUCCAGUUGAGAAGCUGACUAAUGCUUAUGCAACCAUGAAGGACUUCGGCAUCAAGCCGGAUUUUGCAUUCGCAGAGACAUAUCUGGGCACCUUACUCCGGAAGCCCAAAGAGAAGAAAUUCAACCAGCCAGAGAUGAUAGCAUGGUUGCACCAAGUACCGAUGCCGCGGAUCGCUGCCGCCAAAGUUGCGAUGAAAGACUUCCAGCUUGGCAGGUUGAAGCUGACAUCUCUGAGCCGCAAAUUCGUUGCUGCCCUGCAGGUGGCGCUGCCCUCGAAUUGGGAAGGGCUCGAGCGCCAGGUUGCCCUGCAGUGCCUCUUUGAGCUCCUGAGGGACCGGGAGGACCACUGGGCCAAGCUGGAGCUGAUGAAGUACACGGGGUUCCAGAACCUGAAAGAGAACGAUCUUCCCGGGCUCAAGCGCAUGGGAGUCGAUCAGCGAGUACAGCGCCUGAACCGCGAUCGCAACGACGACGAGCUGGCGCGCCUUCUCAAGAAGCACGACCAGGCUCGCACCGACCCGACGGCCGAGCUGGGCAGCGAUGAUGAGCCCGGUAUCGACUGA